ACUCAGGUAGAGCGUCGUGGCGCCGCCAGCAACCAGCUCCUUCACUCGGGACAUUUGGGUGGCUUCAGCCGCCCCUCGGACCCACCCAGUGCCUUGACCUCCUUGAGGACAGCGCGCCGGGCCCGCCGCGCCGGGCCACCGGCCGGCUGCGUCCUCACGUGCGGAGGCCGUCACAGUGACCCCGCCCCCGGGCCCGGGAUGUGAGGCCCGCAGGGUGUCCCCGCACCGGGCCUAGGCGCCGGGAGUGGCCGGCUCGGCAGCGCCGGGCAAUGGCCCUGCUGCCGGUGCUCCUCGCCUCCUGGGGCCUGGGGCAGUGAGGGGGCCGGCAGGCGAGGGCAAGGUGGCCGCGGGCGCCAUGGAGGGGGUGCUGUACAAGUGGACCAACUAUCUGAGCGGUUGGCAGCCUCGGUGGUUCCUUCUCUGUGGGGGAAUAUUAUCUUAUUAUGAUUCUCCUGAAGAUGCUUGGAAAGGUUGCAAAGGGAGCAUUCAGAUGGCGGUGUGUGAAAUUCAAGUUCAUUCUGUAGAUAACACACGCAUGGACCUGAUAAUCCCUGGGGAACAAUAUUUCUACCUGAAGGCCAGAAGUGUGGCUGAGAGACAACGGUGGCUGGUAGCCUUGGGGUCAGCCAAGGCUUGCCUGACAGACAGUAGGACGCAGAAAGAAAAAGAGUUUGCUGAAAACACUGAUAACUUGAAAACUAAAAUGUCGGAACUAAGACUCUACUGUGAUCUCCUUGUUCAGCAAGUAGAUAAAACAAAAGAAGUGACCGCAACUGGUGUGUCCAAUUCUGAGGAGGGAAUUGAUGUGGGAACUCUGCUGAAAUCAACCUGCAAUACUUUUCUGAAGACGUUGGAAGAAUGCAUGCAGAUCGCAAACGCAGCCUUCACUUCUGAGCUGCUCUAUCGCACUCCCCCAGGAUCACCUCAGCUGGCCAUGCUCAAGUCCAACAAGGUAACAGACCAGAUGAAACAUCCUAUUGUACCAAUUCAUAAUUCAUUGGAAAGGCAAACAGAGUUAAACAGUUGUGAGAAUGGAUCUUUACAUAUGGAAAUAAAUGAUGAUGAAGAAAUCCUAAUGAAAAACAAGAGCUCCUUAUGUUUGAAACCUGCAGAGACAGAUCGCAGCAUAUCAAGUGAAGAAAAUACAGAUGAUAAUGUAACAGUCCAAUGUGAAAUGAUAAAGGAAGAUGGAGAGGAAAAUCUGGGAAAUCAUGACAGCCACUUGGCACAGUCUGAAUCCCACUCCUCAAGCAGCUCUCCAGAAGCCCACUGGGAAGAAGGCCAAGAAGUCAUCCCAACUUUCUUUAGUACCAUGAACACCAGCUUUAGUGACAUUGAACUUCUGGAAGACAGUGGCAUUCCCACAGAAGCAUUCUUAGCAUCAUGUUAUGCUGUGGUUCCAGUAUUAGACAAACUUGGCCCUACAGUGUUUGCUCCUGUUAAAAUGGAUCUAGUUGGAAAUAUUAAGAAAGUAAAUCAGAAGUAUAUAACCAACAAAGAAGAGUUUACCACACUCCAGAAGAUAGUGCUGCACGAAGUGGAGGCCGAUGUAGCCCAGGUUAGGAACUCAGCUACAGAAGCCCUCCUGUGGCUGAAGAGAGGUCUCAAAUUUUUGAAGGGAUUUUUGACAGAAGUGAAAAAUGGAGAAAAGGACAUCCAGACAGCCCUGAGUUAGGUAACUGAAAUUCUGAAAGAUCAAAAGACACGCUAAGGCCACAAAGGAUCUGAAGCAGGGUCAUUUUGGGAUCCUCAGCUGUAAGGUCCUCAUUUCUCCCACAGGAGGUCUUCUCCACCAUCCCUGAGCUACCUGCAUUUUGGGGUUUCUCAUACAUCUUUGAAUUUCCAGGACUGUCUCAGUUAUAUCCUCCCCUAAGCGUCCUGAUUUCAGUAUUAAAAAUAUAUUCACCAUGACUAUUAGGACUCCCUAACCAGUCUCUAUCAAACUUGAUGACUUUGUGGAGUGAUUAAGAUCAUGGGCUUUCUGGAUACGUGCCCUUAGGCAAUUUACUUAACCUUUGUGUGCCUCAGUUUCCUCAUCUGUAAAAUGGGAAUGAUGACUUGAUUUCCCUAAUAAGAUUGUUGUAAAGAUUAAAUAGGUUUAUGCAUGUGAAAAGAUUAGAAAUUUGGUACAUAAUAAGCACUUAAUAGAGGUUAGCUUCUAUUGUUGUUUAUAUUCUCAUCAUCAUGACAUAUACAAAGUUGAUAACCUACCAGAAAAUGGGACUUAUUUGUCCCAAAUCACAAAUGGAAAGUUACCAAGCUCAGCUGCCAAGCCUGAAAUUUCUCUCCAGGCUGACUUCUUAGUAUGGAAGCUUCACACUGGUAGGAAGACUCCACCACCUGCAGGAAAUGCAGAAGAUAUGGGAUUCAGCACUGUGUGCGUGGUGGACUCCACAUGUCACAGGAUGCUACUGCUUUCUGAUGGCUGGCUGUGUGAGGGCAAGUGGGGAAUGCUAAUCUCAUUACCCCUCUGCUGGAGCUGGGAUAGAGGAGAACCCAGCUGCUUACCGGACACAGCAAGUGAAAAGAAAAGCUUUGCCCCUUGGAGGUGGAGAGGCAGUUGAGGAUAUACCCUUUCUGCCCUGCCCCCAUCCCUAAUUCUGCUCCCUUUCCUCCCCUAUCUUUUACUUGAUUUGAAAGCUGGGCCUAGAGAUGUUGACUUUAUGAAGAGAGAGGAGACUUGAAGGGCAAAUGCUGCUUCAAAACUGGAAUAGUCACAGCCAAUCUCAGCUUUUCCUUCCUUUUCUUCCCCACUUGACUGUUUUCAGUGGAAAGGAAAAGGGACCAUAAAUUUGAGAUUUUCAUCCUUGAUGCUCAGGAUUAUUUCAGAGGUCUUCAUGAUUUAAAUCGUCUUUGCUUACCGGGAUCCCUAGUUUCCUGCUGCUGUGCAAUGUGGAGAGAUAAAGCUCCCCUAACCAGCCCCCUUCCCUCUAAACACGGACACAACAAGUUCUGUGCAAGCAAAUAAGAGAGAUUUAUGAGAAAUGUUUACACAUUAACUAUGCAGAACCCACAGGCUGCUUGUUGCCUAUUUCUUGUGGAUUGCUGGCUUUUUUCUCAUUUUGAAAUCACAGGCUUUAUAAGCAGAACUGAUAUUUUGUCUAAAAUGAGAUAGUUUAGGUAUGUAAGUGAAAGAGUGGGUAUGUGCAAUUUAUAUGCCACAUAUAGGCAAAUUAGCUUGCAUUUUUUAUUCUGAAAUUGAAUUUGAGUUAUUGUAAUAACAGCUACCAUUUAUAGAGCACCCAGUGUUGGCAUAACACUAGGUUCUCCGUAAACAUUUUAUUUAAUCUUCUGAGUACUCCCCUUUUACAGCAAGUAAACUGAGGUUUAGAGAGGAUAAGUACUUUCCCGAGGGUCUCAGAUCUAGAUCAGUGGUUCUCAAAGUGGUCCAAGGACAGCAACAUCUUCAUCACCUGGAGACUUAUUAGAAAUGCAGACUACUGGGUCCCACCUGACACCUGCUGACUCAGAAACUCCCGAGGUGGGGCCCAGCAAAUGCGUGUGUUCACAAGUCAUGCAAGUGAUUCUAAUUCAUGCUCAAGUGUGAGACCCGUUCAUCUAGAGCUGCGAUGUUGAAGCUCACCUGUCACUAGGCUACAUUUGGUUAUUUGGGAAUUUUGACUGCAUCUAAGUGAUUAUUAAAUAAGCAGGAAUAAAAGUACUGAAAUUAGUUACCCAUAGCAUCAGUUAAUUUUGCCUCCUUUUCAUGAUAAUUGGCUGGUUACCCAAUGGCUGAAAACUUUUCUUAACCUAGGAAGAGCAAGACAAUUAGUAGGGAUAAAAUAAGGGUAAACCUUGGAUGACACUCCCAAAUUUGAAAACACUGCUUAAGAAAGGUUUUGAGGUAACUGCUCAUAAUUUUGGAUAGUCUUAGUGGCUUUGAAAAUGGGAGAUGAUAUGUAACAGUCCUAAAUGACACAACGGAAGCCUUGACAUCUAUUAACUCUCUGGAAAAUGCAUGUAUAGUCAUUGUAUUGCUGCAGUUCUGUGACCUAGAAUGAGUUUUCAGCAAUCAGAAGGAGGCCUUGGGCUUUAUACUGCCCCCUUUUGCAUUUGAGCCAUCACCUGAAUUCCCCAUAAUGAUGAUCAGAGUGGAAUAUUUUGGGUGGUCUCAUGCCAAGAGCUGCUCUGAACUCUAGUGUCCUCUGACAUUCUCUAGAGAUCACUCUAAGGAAAGAGUUGGGUACACAAGGCAAAUGUGUUUAAUGGCCCACCCUGUAGCUGAGCCCCUCCCUUCACAGAUGCCACAUCAAGAAGAGGCUUUGGAAAGCAUCUUUGUAAGUGAAAUGAAGAGAAGUUGCUCUGCCAUUUCAUGCACCAUUGUACUAAAUAUUAUGUGUUCUGCACUAUUCCCUCAGUGGGAUAGCAUAUUGCCACAUCCCUCACCUCGGAAUGAUUCCGUAAAUGUCAGGUAAACAUUAACCUAACCAAGGUCUGUAGCACAGAAUAGGAGAAAAAAAAAAGGUAGAGGAGGCUCACUUAUGCAUUUAAUAUGAAAGGCUUUCACAAACAAGGAGAGCUAUAUGAGAGAGAUGAAGUUAGAACUCAUAAUCAGAUAUUUGACAUCAAAUCAUAACUUGACUAAUUAUUCUGAAAGGACCAGGGAAUGUGAAUCAAGUCAUGCCCUUUCCAGAACUAUUAACAGCAUGUGCUUCUAAUGGCAGAAUUGGCUUACAGUACAAGUUUUCUUCUCGAUGGUGCCUGAAGGUAACAAAGGAUAUCUCUGGGUACUUGUUCCAUCUCUGUCAACUGGUUAUUGAGUUGGCUUUUCUCCAUACAAUUCAUUUUGCCCAAAGCUUAGUCACUGUAAAGAACUUGGGGGUACUUUCCUCGUAGUAGGUUUUUUUAAAUUAUAUCAAAUAUUUAUCAUUUGACCAAAUAUGUAAAUACAGUACCAUCUACUACCUCAUAACCCCAUUACUUCCAGAGAAGAUCUUCAUCCAGAAUUUGUAGUUUAUCGUUAUAUAAUGAAUGUUUUUAUACUUUUACUAUAUAUUUAUGUGUCCACAAACAGUAUCUAGUAAUGUAUUGCAUGUUUUAAACUCAUGUACAUGGUGUCACAUUAUACACAUUCUUCCUUUUUCACUCAGUAUUUUCAGAUUUAUUCACUGCUUAUUCACUUUCAAACCUUUCUUUGUUCGUGAUUCUUGCCUAAGGCCUUCCUAGUUUAGCUCAUUUGCAGAACUGAGAUGAUUGUCACUUCCUGAGCUCAGUGAAUGAUUGAUUUCACCUUUUCUGGCUUUGCUUGUCUACUUCUCAGGCUGUCUCCUAAGACUUAGAUUUGCAUUUCUCCUUUGCCCUCUCUACAACCCAAAGUAACUUUGCAAAUUCUCACUAAUUAUAGAUUUACAAUAGAGAAACACUCUCAUAUAUUCUGUUCCUGGACAGAAUAGCUAUCCACCAACAGUAAUGGAAAGGUAGUUCUUGUUCAGAUGCUAUGAUAGGUUGAGGCAUAAUCUCUAAAUACCUCAUAGAAAGUUUUUGACUAACCAUUAAAGAAGUCACAUCUGCAUCUUUAUGAAUAGAAUAAGGUUCCAAUUUUUUCAAGAUGUGGCUGGGAAAAGGCACGUUUUUCAUUUUCAUUAUUUUGUUUUAUCACAAAGAAUAAACAUUAGUUUUGUCAAAAUGGUUUAAUGUGACAAGAAUGCCCCAAGUUCUCAUUGCUUUUAGCUUUGUGACCUUGGGCAGGUAACUCUCUCUCUGGGUCUUCUAUUUUUUCAUCUGUAAGAGGAAGAGAAUUGGGCAAGGUGAUUGUCAACACUUCCUACUUAGAAAUUUUGACUCAGUUUCUAAGGAACUGACAGAUUUCAGAGAACUGGGAGAAAGGAAUCAUUUAUGUCUUUCAGAGGCCAAAAAUACUUCCAGAUUAUAGAACAUGCAUUAUGAUAAUGGAUGGGUAUUAUAGUGAAGAUUAAUGUAUUUCAUUAUCUAAUCUUCUCUGGGUAACCAAAAUAGGUCAAUGCUUAGACUUCAUCCUAAUUUAAUGCAGCCUCACAUGGCAGGGAUAUUUGCAGCCCUAGAAGUCAGCUAAAGACUUGGGGCAAGUCCUUUUCAUUUAUGAGUUUUAUUUUAUUUGUUGGUUUUCAAUUGUGGAGGUGGUCUUCCUAGGCCUGAGUCAGGACCUAGCCUAAAUUCUCUGCCUCCCUCUUCUCCCAUUAGACUUACUGGCCCACAUUUUGCCCAGUGGGACUCUUCUCUGGCAAGAUGCAGGCACAGCAAGGAACAACUGCCUUCUCUAGAAGGGCUGGGGGGAGACACAGAUCGUGUUGCUGUACAAACACCCUCCCUUCCUUAGACCAGCCUGCCCCUCUUACUUGGACUCACAGCAUCCUUGUUUUCUUGCUGUCCCAUAGAAGGGAGCAUGGAGAAGGGUUUCUGGGCUUUUUUGAGUGGUUGACUUCACAGGCAAAGUGUAGGAAAGGUAUAAGGCCCCUGAGGUUGGAGUAGCACUGGAUCCAGAGCCCUUAUAAACAGGCAGUUUGUCUGCCAGGUGAACUCUGGAGCCGAAGGCUCAGGGACCAGGACAGCGGUCAGCUGCAUUUGCUGCAUACCGUAAAGAAAUACUGAUCUCCUUUUACUUCCCUACCACAAUUCCAAAUCAGAAUGAUGGUGACUGUUAGUAGAAGAAAAUAAUACUGUCUGUAUAGGAAAAAAGACUUAAGAGAAUAUACCUCCAGAAUGCCCUCUGUGGUUACCUCUGGGAGGCAUGAUUAUAGGUUUCUUUAGUUCUUCCCUUUUUGCAUUUUCCUGAACAUUAUUUGUGAAAUCAGAAAAAAAGCAGUAAGUGUUAUUUUAAACUACCACUGUGCCUCAGGUGGGAAGUUUAGAAUCCUUGACACGGCAUAAAAAAAGUCCUCACAGUUUGGCCCCAUCCCCAGUGAUCUGCAGCCCUACUGGACUGUUCCCCCUUCAUGCCACCAUCUCUCACAACUCCAUGUAGCUUUCUCUGUCUGCAGCCCCAGGUACCACCCUACUCUCUGCCCUACCCAGCCUUUGAGACUCCUUUGGAGAAUUCUUUCUGUGCACUUGCUCCCAGGCUGGAUUCAUCUCUCUUUUCCUGUAGCACUGGAUAGAGAUCUCUGUUAUAGCAGUCGGCAAUUUGCAUAACGAUGAUUUGUUAAAGGCUGGCUCUCUUAAAAACCCAUGAACUUCCUGAGGGCAAGGGACUGAGUUUAAAGCACCCAGUGAUCCCUGCUGCCUUGCACUUAGUAAGGGGCAGUGGUAGACUCGCACUAAGUUCUUGCUGAAUGGAGCAGCUGUUCCCAUCACAGAUGUCUACGAGCAGAUUGUAAUGGCACUAAAUUUCAUCUACUGAUUUUUAAUAGCAUUUAAUACCUUACAUGGAUUAGGAUCACAAGAAAGAAAGUGUUCCCACUAUACCUCUGUGACUCACCUCAGGAUGUUUUCCAUGGACUGUACACCUUCUUACCAGCCCAGAUGGCUCCUUAGACGGUCAGAAAUUUGACUGUCUUACUGAUUUACUGCGGAGGCUGUGCCUAGUAUUUCCUGCCCGUCUGCACCUGUAUGCUAGCAACCCUUUCUUCACUAAGGUCUUAGAUACCAUCUAAAAUGUCCCUGAUAACAUCUGUCCCCUUAGAGAAUCAGAUAGGUUUUAAGUGUGGCUUACAUUGAAGACUUGUAUCUUUGACACUGUCUUAGCCUACAGACUGUUCUCCUAAGAAAAAGAUUGAAUUUAAUCUUGAGUUCUCCUUUAGGCUAUUUCUAAGAGUCCUUUGUGCCCUUGAAUUUAUUGAUUUUUA